CAUGCACACACGUUCUAUACCAUACCAUCUAUCCAUCCGUCCAUCCUCGUCAUCAAAUGGUCCGUUACUAUAAGAACGACAACCGACCGUUUAAAUGGCUGUGGGAAAUGGCUGCCUUCAUGGAGAAGAAAAGGCCGAGCGAGGAGGAAGACGAAGACGCCGUGGCAGCGGCGGUGGCGGAGGAGGAUGCGAAGGGAUGGUCCUACCGGAGGUGGCGCGGCCGGGGCGGUUGCGGCGGCGGAGUGACGCUGGAAGGAUUCGUCUUGGGCGCGGCGGGGAACGGCGAGGGAGGGAAGACGAGGAGGAGCCUGACGGACGAGGACCUGGAGGAGCUCAAAGGGUGCCUCGACCUGGGGUUCGGGUUCAGCUACGAGGAGAUCCCCGAGCUCCGCAACACCCUCCCGGCGCUGGAGCUCUGCUACUCCAUGAGCCAGAUGUUACGCCUCGACGAUCCGAACCAACAGAUGUCUUCGGAGAAUUCCCCUCUUCUCGCCCAUUGGAGGAUCUCCAGCCCUGGAGACGAUCCAGAUGAAGUUAAAGCAAGACUCAAGUAUUGGGCACAAACAGUAGCAUGUACUCUACGGUUAUGCAGCUGAAGUUGUGCCUAUCCUUUAAAGUUCAUCUACAUCCAGAAGAAGCAAGAUCCAUGCAAUCCGCUGUAAGAGCUAUCCUCUAGUGUUUACAAUCAAUGCUGAAGAUGGCAACUAAAGUCCCUUCACAAUAAACAGAGACGAAUAAAGUAAUGGUUCAUUAUAACCUUUGAGGAAGAAUAACUCUACAAGUUCAUGUACUAUACAUGCCGAAUAAAUGAUUCUUCUUCUUAUAAAUGCUGUCCAUGUACCUAAGUGGUGAUCCAUUGGUAAUUUGUGUUCAUGUUGAUGAAUCUGUAGACUAGUUUUGGUUCAUGGUCUUGUUUUUAUCAUGGCUAUCAUAGUUCAGUUAGCAGGUGCCUGAACUCUGAAGCUCGGGAACUCCCAAUUCUAUACUGGCCGGGAUCUAGAAGGAAAGCCACUGGGUUAAUUUCUUUUCCCAGAUCUUCCUCAGGAAAACUUGAUACUCCUCAGCGACUAAGGAAACAGUAUCAUUGCAGAUUCAAGCUUCUGGUUGGCAUUA